ACGACGACGACCUGCGCACAUGGUUUAGUUCAGAGCCGUGUCAUUCAGUCAGUCUGUCGAACGAACUCACCAACUGCGUGCCAAAUUUUGAUCAAAACAUACCGCAAGCAAGCAAUAAUACAUUCCAUCGGAAAGGCUGACUAGGGAGUUUUAUUUAGUGUUUAAAUAGUGCUUUUAAAGCUUAGGAAAGUGCAACGACAUGUUGUUCAAAGUGCGACAUGCUUUCCGAAGAUAUCUCUCCACUAGUUCAGCCAGCUAUGCUCCCAAGCAACAGAUCUCCAAGCUGUUGAUAGCUAAUCGAGGUGAGAUAGCAUGUCGGGUGAUGAAAACUGCCAAUCGGCUCGGCAUUCAAACUGUGGCCGUAUUCUCCGAUGCCGAUGAACGGUCCUUGCACGUUAAGUUGGCCAACGAAGCGUAUAAUAUUGGACCGGCAGCCUCGCAGCAGUCCUAUUUGCGGGGAGACAAGAUUCUUGAGGUGGCUAAGCGAGCUGGCUGUCAAGCUAUUCACCCGGGAUAUGGUUUCUUGUCGGAGAAUGUGGAGUUUGCUGAACUUUGUCAAAAGGAGGGAGUCAUUUUCAUUGGCCCUCCGGCUAGUGCCAUUAGGGAUAUGGGUAUAAAGAGUACGUCGAAGCACAUUAUGAGCGAAGCAGGAGUUCCUAUUAUCAAUGGAUAUCACGGAGACGAUCAAUCGGAUGAGAGGUUGGUUCAGGAAGCUAAGAAGAUCGGUUUCCCGUUAAUGAUCAAGGCCGUACGGGGAGGUGGUGGAAAAGGUAUGCGAAUUGCUGAAACUGAAGCAGAUUUCAUGUCUGCGUUGCAAUCUGCUCGAACAGAAUCGAUGAAGGCCUUCGGAGAUAGUGCAAUGCUACUGGAGAGGUACGUUAGAUCUCCUCGACACGUGGAGGUGCAGGUAUUCGCAGAUCAUUACGGCAAUGCGGUGUAUCUGUACGAACGGGAUUGUUCUGUUCAGCGUCGGCAUCAGAAGAUCAUCGAAGAAGCUCCAGCUCCUGGACUGAGUGAAGAAUUACGCCGUCAGCUUGGGGAAGCUGCAGUUCGUGCCGCCAAAGCCGUUAACUACGUUGGAGCGGGAACUGUUGAGUUCAUUUUGGACAAAGAAGAUCUCUGCUUCCAUUUCAUGGAAAUGAACACUCGGCUACAGGUGGAACAUCCUAUUACUGAAAUGAUCACUGGAACGGAUCUCGUUGAGUGGCAAAUCAAGGUAGCAUCCGGUGAACCUUUAGCAGUUAGUCAAGAACAAAUCAAGAAAACGGGACAUGCUUUCGAAGCACGUAUUUACGCUGAGGAUCCAGCUGGAGGUUUCCUACCGGGAGCAGGUCCCCUUAACUACUUAUCUACACCCGAACCAUCCAAUACGAUUCGUGUAGAAACCGGUGUUCGACAGGGUGACGAAGUUUCAAUCCAUUAUGAUCCCAUGAUUGCUAAACUGGUCGUAUGGGGAGAAAACCGAGCGAGCGCAUUGCAACUACUCAUUGAACAACUUCGUAACUACCAGAUUGCAGGACUGCAAACCAACAUUAACUUCCUUAUUGACUUGGCCAAACACAAUCACUUCCAGGCGGCUGAUGUGCAUACUGGCUUUAUCGAUCAACAUAUGGAUUCGUUGUUCCCGAUUAAAAAAGUUCCAGCCGAACGGAUCGCUCAAAUGGCUUUGGCGUACGUCUUGAAUGAGAAUGCCACGACCAGAAAGUCUUUCAACCGACAGAAUCCUUUUGAUUUGGAGCUGGACUUCCGCCCGAAUUACACGCCAACUAGAGCCUUCAAGCUUAAGGUUGGAGACACUGAACACCAAAUUGAACUCCGCUCCAAGGACGUGAAUUUCGAAGUUCGCGUUGACAAUGGAGAAUGGCUGUUGAUCAACGCAACUAGGAAACCGCAUCCCAAUCGAUUCCUGCUACAAACCAACAUCAAUGGACACGUUUCGUGCUUCAAUACCGUCAUCGAAAAUGGAUCGAUCGCACUUUAUGAUGAUCACGGCCUAACGAUAGCUGAGGUGGUUCAGCCCAAAUUCCUGCAAUCGGAAGCCGGCUUGGAAGGUGCAGCAGCCGGAAGUGUGCUCGCUCCGAUGCCCGGCGUUCUGGACAAGGUGUUCGUGAAGCCGGGUGAUACCGUUAAGGCUGGCACUCCGCUGGCGGUGCUGAUUGCCAUGAAGAUGGAACACGUGCUGAAGGCGGCCAAGGAUGGAGUGGUCAAGUCGGUUCCGAACGCCGAGGGUAGCAACGUGCAGAAAGGCGCGGUGCUAGUAGCUUUCGAGCAGUGACCUUAUGUUGUUGCGAAAACAAAUCAUAACUAAUGGACCAGAAUUGCAUUUAUACCGCGGUAAUGUUUAUAGUGAAGAAUCAAUGUUGCAUUUAUUUGAAGAUAUUUUAGGAUUGUAAAACAAUUGACCUGCCUGGUGAACGUCUGACGUUAACAACUAUUCCAAUAUACCUACUUAUGAAUUAGUAUUGUUCGUGUUUAUUUUUUUUAAUAU